UCUUAGUUCAACGUGGCUGCUUCUACACUUUCACAGACAUUCAAGUGAGUUUCUUUUCAGCUGGCAGAAAUUUUCUUCAUUCCUUGAGAAGAUAUCAACACCGUGAGGUAACCCCUACUAUGGAAGCCACAAGGGGCAAAUCUGUUGUUAUUUACCUCAUGCGAAAUGACUUGCGAGUUCAUGACAACGAGUGCUUACAAUGGGCACAUCAGAAUAGUGACUUUGUGAUUCCUUUGUUUUGCUUUGACAAGAGCAUACUCAGUCCCACUGCUGUAACAUGGCAUUACAAAUUUGCAAAGACAGCAAUACACAGAGCCAAGUUCAUUCUGGAGAGUGUGUCUGACUUAAGAGAAUCAUUAAGGAAACUUGGAAGUGACCUAGUUGUGCGCACUGAGCAGACAGCAAAGGAAGCAGUUUCAGACAUAAUUAGUUUAUGCCAGGAAAAGAAUGAAGGACAUGUUUCACUUGUUUAUCAGAGAGAAAUCACAAAGGAAGAAACAGAUGUAGAAGCUGAAUUGAUGAAGGUUUGCGAAGCAAAAAAGGUCAUUGUGAAGUCCUUCUGGGGAUUGACACUGUACCAUUUGGAAGAUUUACCAUUUGCCUCAGUGAAGUUUUUGCCUGACACAUACACAGAAUUUCGGAAAACUGUUGAGGCAAAAUGCAGAGUGCGGCCUUUGAUUCCAGCCCCAGAUUGUCUAAAAUCACUGCCUGCAUUUUUAAAAGAUGAUCACGUUGGCAGAAUGCCAGCUUUAAAGGAACUUGCAAAGGAUUAUUCAGAAGAAACAGCAGAUUCAAGAUCAGCUUUCCCAUUUUCUGGAGGAGAAACUGCUGCUCUCAAAAGGCUUAAUCAGUACCUAUGGGACACAGAUCUUGUUGCAAGAUACAAAGAGACUCGCAAUGGGCUUAUUGGUUCAGACUACUCAACAAAAUUCAGCCCAUGGCUAGCUGUGGGAGCUCUCUCACCAGGGAAAGUCUUUGAUUGCAUUAAAAGGUACGAAACUGAGUGUACAGCAAAUCAGUCCACUUACUGGGUCAUUUUUGAGCUGCUGUGGCGAGAUUAUUUCAAGUUCGUCAGCCUCAAGUAUGGCAACUCCAUCUUUUACCUGUCAGGAAUUAUGAGGAAAACAGGUUUGCCAUGGAAGCGAGAUAUGAUGGCAUUUGAACAGUGGCAAUAUGGGCAGACUGGAGUUCCAUUUGUGGAUGCAAAUAUGAGAGAGCUACUCUACACAGGAUGGAUGUCCAAUCGUGGACGUCAAAAUGUGGCAAGCUUCUUGGUAAAAGAUCUUGGGCUUGAUUGGCGCAUGGGAGCUGAGUGGUUUGAAUCUCUACUUCUAGAUCAUGAUGUAUCCAGUAACUAUGGCAAUUGGAACUAUUCAGCAGGCAUUGGCAAUGAUCCCCGUGAAAAUCGAAAGUUCAAUAUGAUCAAACAAGCUCUUGAUUAUGACGCAGAUGGAGAUUUUGUGAGGCUUUGGGUUCCAGAGUUGGCUGGUUUGAAAGGAGCCAAAGUUCACACCCCUUGGCUGUUGUCAUCAUCAGAACUGAAACAUGCAGGUGUAACUCUGGGGGAAAACUAUCCCAAGCCAAUGGUCUGCCCACCAGAAUGGAGCCGGCACACAUCAAAAGUGAAGGACUCAAGAAAAACACCAAGGGCACAGCAUAGAGGAAUUGACUUCUAUUUUAAGUCUCCAAAGGGGGCUGGUUCAUCCAAGAAGAGAUAUUAGAGAGACUCUGUUUAGGAUAGAUCUGUUCUCUUGAUGGGUAAUAGACCAAAUCUUAAGUUCUCUGUUAUUAGUUAGAUUAAUUGUCUCCACAGAAAAAAAGAGUUUCUAAUGAUCAUGAGGAACAUUUAUUGACUUCUUGACAAAGGAGAGUUAUUAUGUAUUGAAUUGUUAAACAUUUAUAUUUGCUGACAUUGUUGGCAAUGAAGCAAUCUCAACCCCAGAUUGCUACAGUUAUGUGAUGGGUUUUGUUAAGCUUUAGAGAUCCACAGGCUUAUAAAGAAACUAAAUUAAAUAUUUCUUGACAUCUAGUUGGCUAUAAAGUGAACAAUUGAAAGUAUGUAAACAACAUCUUAGGAAAUGACUUUCAGCAUAACCUAAAAUAUUAUAUCUUACACCCUAACACCAGCACGCAUAUUCUCCAUACUGUUAGCUGUUCAUUCUUAGGGUGCUGACAAGGAGAAUUUAACCAUUUACACCUUAGAAUCAGUAUGCAUAUUCUCUGUACAGUUCUUUAUACAUUUCCUAAUGUGCUGACAAGAAAAAUUUGUUUACCAAGCAAAAGCUUCUUUCGUUGGUGAUCAUUUCCUUUAUUCUCAUGACCUUAACAUGUGAUUCAGGGCUGAUAUUGUAGGGAGAAAUUUGAUGCUGGUCACCCUUAGAGUUUAAAGGGUUAACAAUCUAGAAUCAAGAGCUUCUUUGGUGAUCAUUUUUUAUAUUCUCUUGACCUUGAUAUGUGAUUCAAGGGUGAUAUUGUGAGGAGAAAUUAGAUGCUGAUCACUCUUGGGGGUCAAAGCGUUAACCAUUUAACUCCCAAGAUCUGCUAGUUAAUUCUCCCCCCUAGCUGCUGCACAUUUCCUUGUAAGUUAGUUAUGAGAACUUGGUGCUAGAUUAAGAUAGCUUCUAACUGAUAAGUUUGAAUAUUCUCAUUACCUGUUUGCUGAAUUAUGUAUGGAUAUUGUAGGGAGAAGGUCAUGUUGAUCACUUAUGGGAGUUUAAGGGUUAUUAAGGGUUAAACCAUGUUUUGUAUUCAUAAUGCCUACCUGAGGGGUUGGAUUUGUAGCUCUGGGAAUGAUUAUUGCACCGGAAGUUAAAGUAAACAGAACUGUAUCAACUUCCAAAGAUCUUAGCAGUAUUAUUGAGUUAAGGAGUAGAGGAAUCCGUUGGCUUUAACUCUUUUUCGACAAGAGAUCAUGUAUUAAAUUAACAAAGUUAAAAAUAAGUUGAGUCUCAGUGCA